CAACACGUUUAGCACCGAUCCCAGGCGGAACAGAAGGCACCUGCUUUUUCCUUCUGGGGGAGGCUUUCCAGGCGAGGCUUUCCAGGCGGGAGGAACUGUUGGUAUCUUCUCUCUGGUAUUACACCUAUACAAUACGAAUAAAACUACAUUAUCACAGUGAGACAACGAUCCAAUGGCUUUGGAAGAGAUUGAAGGAGACCCCCACAGCACUCAGUUGCAACCGCCAUACUUGAAGGUGUACACUGGCCCAACUCCAAACGGGUUCAAGAUCACCACGCUGCUGAAGCUACUCAACGUUGAAUUCCAGCGUAGGGAGAUGGACAUGGGCAAAGGUGAGCACAAGCAGCCUUGGUACUUGAAGAUUCACCCCGAUGGCAGGGUUCCUGCCAUAUCCGACGUUGAUGUUGAUGGUAACAGAACGGUUCUGUUUGAAAGCGCCAUCAUCUUGGAGUACCUUGCUGACAAGUACGACACUGAGCGUAAAUACUCGUACGAUAAGUCAUCACCACUGUACUGGAAGCAGAUGGAAUGGUUGGUUUAUGGCUCUGCCAACAACGACCCUGUCCAAGGUGCGGCUUUCUUCCAUAUCCUCGUGUUAAAGACGGAUCCACCAGGCGGUAAAGACGCCUACGUCCAGCAAACCAAUAGAAUCCUCAAGGUUUACAACGAUAGACUCGUUGAGAACAACGGAUGGUUUGUCGGCGACCACCUGAACAUCGCAGACAUCGGAAUCAUCGCCUUCCUCAAGGUGUCUGUUGAAAGCCUGGGUAUCAAACUUGAUGCCUUCCCAGCAGUGGCUGACUGGAUGAAGAGAGUCACCGACAUCUCAGGCGUUGGUGAGAGUAUCAGUGGUGCUUGAUCCGUGUCUUAUACAGCUCGCUCUCUCUAUAUAUAUUAUACAUUAUUGGCACUUCCGAAGC